AUUUUCCAUUGAAUGCUUGACAAUGACGGUGAGCUUAUAAAAGAAAGAAAAAUGUUAUAAAGCUCCAAAAGGUUGACAUGGAUUAGAUCGUGUUGUCCCCUUAAAGACGCUUUUCAUUAGAUUUUCUCUUUAUUUGAUUUUUCUUUUUGUCCCACUAUUAUGAACUUGUAUAUGUCUUUUUCUGGAAAAAUCACAUUCAUGAAUGUGUAAAUGGUUAAGUUACAGUUUAUAUUAUAAGUCGGUAGUCAACGUAAGCUUACCAUACAAAUAUUCUAGAGAUCCAAACGAAUCCAAUAAACAAAAUAGAUAUUUUAAAUAAAUUGUUAUUUGCUCAUCCAUUAGGACGCCACCCACGUUCUCUGUUCCUCACCACUGUCAAAAAUGUCAGCUUAUGGCCACACUCUUCUCCUUCAGUUCAUGAACUUCUCCUCCAAUGGAAACUCAUCUCUUUCUCCUCUUUCUCUCACUCCUUCUAUUCUUAUCCAAACCCGGAUCCGGAUUCGGAUCCCCCGGCCCUAUAGCGGCCUCCUUCGGCGGCUCCUCUGCUUUCUUCUGCGCCAUUGACGCUAGCGGACGCCAAGAAGUUAUCUGCUGGGGCAAAAACUACUCAUCUCCUUCUUCUCCAUCUUCCUCCUCUUCUUCUUCAACUUCUCAAAGCUACAACAUUCCUUCCAUGGCUGUUCUCUCAGGCGGAGACGGUUUCCUCUGCGGCGUCUUGUCCAACACGUCUCAACCCUUUUGUUUCAGUUCACUUGGAUCUUCCUCCUCCUCGGGUACGGAUCUUGUCCCUCUCUCUUACAGGACCACUGCUUACUCCCAGAUCGCUGCUGGAAACAGACACGUCUGUGCAGUCAGAGGAGCUUACUAUUCCGACCACGACUCUGGAACCGUAGACUGUUGGGAGAUAACAAGAGCUACCAAUAACAGUUUUGUCGCGAAAGAGAGUCCUAACUUCUAUGAUCAGAACGUUAGUAACCUCGUCUUCAACAAGAUUGUUUCUGGUGAUGGGUUUAGCUGCGGUGGAGUUAGAGAAGGUGGGGUCCUCUGUUUUGGCCCAAAGUCUUCUACUUUAGGGCUUAACUCAACAACUUCAGACAGCUUCGAAGUGUUAUCCGCGGGAAAAACCUCCUGUGCGAUCUUAAACUCAACUCGUGAGAUUAAAUGUUGGGGAGACGAGGACUCUUUUGCUAACUCACCAUCUGAUAACUCUCGCUUCGUUGCGUUAGCAUCUGGUCCUAACCAUUACUGUGGCAUCCGCGAGGAUACACACGAGGUUGCGUGUUGGGGAAACGCUAACUUCUCGCUGAUACCUAAAGCUUCCGGCUUUAAGGCUAUUGCGUCAUCUGACUCCAUCGUUUGCGGUAUAAGAGAAGAGGAUCUCGUUCUCGACUGCUGGAUGGUUAAUGGGUCGUCAACACUAGCGUACGAUCCUCCUUUAGAGCUUUGCAGUCCAGGGGUAUGUAGAGCUGGUCCUUGUCGAGAUAAAGAGUUUGCUUUCAACGCAAGCAUCCUCGACGAGCCUGACCUAACGAGUUUAUGCGUGAGGAAAGAGUUGUCUCUCUGUUCUCCUUGCGGAUCGGAUUGCUCUAAGGGGUUCUUCUUGUCGAGUUCGUGCACCGAGAACUCUGACCGGGUAUGUACCUCGUGUUCGUUAUGUCAGAACAGUUCUUGUUCCGACAUUUGUAAGGUUCACAACCGAGAUUCUUCUUCAGACAAACAUUGGAAUCAGCUUGCUCUCAUCGUCGGCUCUUCCGCCUCGGCUCUGUUGAUCAUCAUCAUCUGUUGUUGCGUCGUGCCACGGUUUGUUACUAGUCCUAACAAAGAAGACGGUUUCAAAUCUUGCAUAGGAAAGACCGAUCUAGAAACCGAGCCACUCGAAAUGAUCGCCCCUGCUACAUCGGUAACACCCUUCGCGCAAGUGUUUAGGCUCUCCGAGCUUAAAGACGCGACCAACGGGUUCAAAGAGUUCAACGAGCUAGGCAGAGGAAGCUACGGGUUCGUCUACAAAGCCGUGUUAUCUGACGGGAGACAAGUUGCAGUUAAAAGAGCUAACGCAUCGACGAUAAUCCACACGAACGCUAGAGAGUUCGAAGCCGAGCUGGAGAUUCUAUGCAACAUUAGGCAUAGCAACAUCGUGAACCUCAUCGGUUACUCCACCGAGAUGGGAGAGAGGCUUCUUGUCUACGAGUAUAUGCCUCACGGUACGCUUCACGACCAUCUCCACGGCGGGUUUUCGCCGUUGAGUUGGGGGUUAAGGGUUCGAAUCGCGUUGCAAACAGCUAAAGGUCUCGAGUAUCUUCACGUCGAAGCUGAGCCGAGGAUUGUUCACGGAGAUGUGAAGUCUUCGAACGUGCUUUUGGACUCGGAGUGGGCCGCUAGAGUUGCGGAUUUUGGGCUCAUGACGUCGUCGAACGAGAGGAGUUUGGACGUCAAAGGUGAUGUUUAUGACUUUGGGGUUGUGUUGUUGGAGAUUUUGACCGGGAGGAAGCGUUACGAUAGGGAUUGUGAUCCUCCGGAGAUUGUUGAAUGGGCUGUUCCGGUGAUCAGAGAAGGCAAAGCGGCGGCGAUUUUGGAUAAGUAUAUUGCUUUGCCGAGAAAUGUUGAGCCGUUGUUGAAACUUGCUGACGUGGCGGAGUUGUGUGUACGGGAGGAUCCGAGUCAACGACCAACCAUGUCGGAACUUGUGAACUUGUUGGAUCAGUUCGCUAGAGAUGGACUGAUCUUGUAGUGUGUUUUUUUUUUUGGGUGCGAGUGUUUUCUAUUCUUUUAUUUCUGAAUUUCAAUUGUAUAAUAAAAUAUUCAUACAGAAUUUGUGAAAAAUAAUUAUUCAACUAGAGGAUAGUGUUGUGGAAAUAAUUAUUUUAAAAUACAUUGUACAAAUCUAACUAGAUGUUGUGGAUUUUUGGAAUCUCAGCUUUUCUCACUUUACAAAACUUGUUCUAAAGCUUUCUGAAUGGAUUGCAAAUUAUGGAAAAGCUGCAAUUUAAAAAAAAAUAUUUAAAUGAAUAUAUAGUUUAAUAACAAGGACUUUUUUUUGCUAAAUUUAAUAACAUAUAGAAUCAGCACAUAUAGUAAUAACAAGGACUUAGAAUUUCAGGCACAUGUAGAAUCAGCAUAUAACCUUAAUACCAUAUGAGUGUGAGAGCGGAUCAAGUUUGAAGGAAAUAGCAAAAAGGAAAUAUUUUUUUGAAUAAAUACUAUUUUAAUUUGAAUCUCAUCGGUUACUCGACCGAUAUGGGAGAGGGGCUUCUUGUCUAUGAGGACAUGCCUCACGGUACGCUUCAGUCUUCACGAAUCACGAUCAUUUACUUGAGAAGAACUAGAGGAUAGUGUCCAAGGAUCUGAUCUUAAGAGUAAACAUAAGAAUAACUUGUUAUUAAUGAGGCCACAACUUCUUAAAUCACUGUUCACAUGAACUCUAUGUGUUUUCUGAUUUGGACCUAAGAUAUAUUUGACAUAUGUACACGUAACACUACAUUGGUGUUCCAAGAAGAUGUCAUUCUUCAAAUUAUAUUCAAAGACGCAUACAUUUUCAGAAAAUCCCCACAUACGAUUUUUAGAACACAACCGUGGAAGUUAUGCGUCUUCUUAUGCUUAUAAUCUUCUUUACACUUCGCAUACAUUUUCAAAAAAUCCUCACGUACAAUUUAAAAAAAACCGUGGAAGUUAUGCGUCUUAUGCUUAUAAUCUUCUUUACACUUUUGUUUUUGAGUCUGGUAUUUGCCUUAUUUGAUUUAAAUAAUAACACUACGUAUUAAAAAUGAUUGAAUAUGUAGUACAUGAGAAUUAAUCCUCUUACAUUAACACUUUGUUUUAUAUAUAACAAAUCAUAGCAGGGUUAGUUAUAAUAGUUUAAUAAAAUAUAUUUACAUUCGCAAGUUGCUAGAAAAUGGUUACCUGCACAACUUGUUGCAUCUCCCAAUACUCACUAUAUUUUAUUUGAUUAUAUUUAAACAACAUGUUAUUGUGAUGUAUAUUUAUAUUAGGGAAUUGCUUAAUGAAAAGUGUGUGCGAGUGGGUAGGUAUGCGAUUCUAUAACACUUUCUUUACUUUGAUUUCGAAUCGCACUACCUUGAUGUAGAAAUCUUUUAAAUUGAUAUAUACCUGUAAAUUAUCAGGAUUAUAAUUUCGAAAACGUCUAACUAAAACUAACAUAUAUCAAUAUGCAAGUUCACGUGAUAAUCAAUGAUUCCAUAUAUAGUUAAACUUGCUCGUCAGUACUAUCUGUCUAUCUUUAAGAUGUGUUUUAUUUUGUUGGUAUUUUGUGUGAUGCUUUUAGCUAACGGGUAAUCUCAACUUUAUAUUCAUAUUAUAAGUUUAGCUAAUAGUUUUAGAAUUUAAACAAUUUAAGAGCUCUUACUUUUCUUAAAAGCUUGUAUAGUUUUUUUUUGGCGAAAUCAACAUAUACAAAUGAUUACUUUCAUCUUGUUAAAGCAGUAUACACCGUUCAAAGACGAGAUAACAAGUUUGAUAUGAGUUCCAAAACAUUAGUUAAUCUUUUGGACUAAUUAAGAAUAUUAUCUUGGCACAAAGUAAUAUCUAACAAUACUAAAAGCACAAUAAUCUCAAAAUCUAAGGUGUCCACCUAGGAUUAUUAAUUCCAGCCAAUGAUAAUGUUUCAUUCCUCCACAUCACCAUCGGUUUUGACUAUCUAUCUAUCUAAUAAUAUGAAUUUCUUCUAAGAGUGUCCACGUCUGCAGGUUCUAAAAUCAUACGGGCCCACCAAAAGUGAUAAAUGAAGACUUCAUCGGUCAUCUUCUUCAACCUCGGAAAUUCAACCGUCCAUCUCCCCUCUUACAUCCUCUCGAUCGAUACGAAUCCAUUAUUGCUUGCUAUUAAGUUUGACUCUUCCAAUUUCACUAAUUCACUUCAGAUUCUCUCUUUGGACGUUUUGAGGUUCGUCUCCCAACUAUUAUAAAGAUAUGGAAAAUCUCAUCUGCAGCCCUAACCACAAAACGCCAAAGCAACAUAUCGUCAAAGCAACAUGCUCAAUACAAAUAUUAAUUUCCUAUUUCUGUCAUGCUACUAUUUAUUUUGUCGCCAUUCCAAGCUCGAGAUCUUAUGGCUAUCUCUUCUAUCAAACUUGAUGGAUUGUCACUUAUAAUAUUGGCCACAAUAGUCGGUGGCGAAUACGUUUCUGACGUCGUAAGGAUGCCACUAUACAUUUGCUCUGUUUUCCCUUAUUCAUUGUGUCUUCAGGCCAUCAUCAAAUUUUAACUUUUGUUUUACCUAUUUUGUAUCUUAUUAUUUUGGUUAAGUCUAAUUUUGUAUCUUAUUAUUUUGGUUAAGUCUAUUCUGUAGCUAAAUAUAGAUUAUCAUAAGGUUUUAUUAGCGCUAUCAUCAUUGAAGGCUAGCUCCACAAGGUACAUGUAAUAUGUGGUCUUGAGUGAUUCUUACAGAUAGUAGGUUAAGGUGUUUCUGGAUUUUGUUUACGGUACCUGACGUUGUUAACGAAGUGGUCGCAUGACUUUGAACCCACCAAUGCUGUGUCCCUCUUCUAACAGAUUCCAAUAGUGGUUCGAGAGACUGGGAUGAAACCAUUGAUCAUGGAACCUUUUUAGAAUAAUAAGAUGAUAUAUUAAUCGAGUGUUAGGAGGGAGCCAUUAAUACUAGAAGAUAAAGGUUGAGAAAGAGAAACUUUAACCCCGAGAAGGACGAUCCCAAGAACUCAGGCCCAGCAAAGACAAACACAGACGUAGAGUAUGAUAGCUAUGAAUUUGCAGGCGUAACAUGUUGUUUCAGGAUCCAUGUAUUAAGUUUAAGAUUACGCUUCCAAAAUAAAAGAAAAAUGCAAGGACCCCAUGCUAUAUGUCACGUGUAACUUCACCAAGUGGUCUAGAUAUCAUUGACAGCUAGAGAAAGAAUGGAUGCAAGACUUAUAUUUCAAAGAUCUGCCAUCAGAAAAGUAAUUAGUACUACUAUUACAAUACAUAAGAAACUGGAAACACACACACAAAUUAUAUGUUCGUGAGAAUACGUAGGUACUGCUGUCUGUAUGUGAGAAACCAAGAAAAAUGGACACUGAACAGCUUAUAUUCUAAUUCAAAAUAAAAUAUUAAAUGCAUGGGUUGAGGAAGAAAAAAGAUGAAAUGAAUUGGAAAAUGGAUGUUCACAUAAGAAGAGCAUUGAAAGAAUGAUGUUUCUUUCACAAUAUUUAAUUACGCAGGCAGUGUAACAACAGUUAAACCAUUGCAAACGUAUAGGAAUCUGGAAAAAAAUAUUUAAAAACAAACAGCUACGCAUGAACACAAAUCAGUUUAGAGAAACGACUUGGGCGACUGUCGGACGAACAUUUCAAAACAUCAAAUACAUGGAAAAUGAUAUAUACGAGAAGAAAUUCAAUAAGACCAUUUGAUAUGACUACUCCACCUGUACAGUCAAAACAAAACUUAACAGAAACAUGAGUUCGAAACAUGGAAUAUGCUGUGAAGACAAAAUGAAGAAAUAACAAAAGUGGUCAGGAGAUUUGGUAAAUGUAACAGAGUAAAGAACCACAAACGUACAAUUAACAUCGACUAUAGUUUCUAUGGGAGAGUGGCCUCUACUGCGAAAAAAUAAUAUUGGGAGAUAUGACAAUGCACGAUGCUAAAAAAAAAACCGUAGAA